AGGUUCGAUUUGUGCAAUUGGCAUGUGAGAUUAGACGAACCCUGUGCAGAAUCACAACCUCCCCAGUUUCUUCCCAUUUAGGUUGUCUGUCCAAAACCCACCAUAAUAACUAACCCACAAAACCGGCCAUAAGACCAGAACCACCCAUCUCUCUCUCUCUCUCUCUCUCUCUCUCUCCCCUCUUUCUCUUUCUCUCUCUACCCCCCGCAAAACAAAACAACAAUGGUGCAUCUGAAAACCCUAGCAUCUCUCUCCAGAAUCGCUCUCUGUUUCCUCCUCCUCACCACCGCCACCGCCGACGAUGCCUCCGUCAUGUCGAAGCUCCUCGCCGCCAUAUCUCCGGCACCGUCCGGCUGGUCGUCGUCCACAGACUACUGCAAAUGGAAAAACGUCAACUGCGAUUCGUCCAAGCGAGUCACGUCCAUCAACUUGAAUUCCCAAUCGCUCACCGGAACUCUCCCUUCAAAUCUUGGAACCCUCACACAACUCACGUCGCUUUCCCUCCAGAAGAACUCUUUCUUUGGGCCCAUACCUUCAUUAGCUAACCUCACGUUUCUUCAAGAUCUUUACCUCGACAAGAACAAGUUCACCUCCAUUCCUUCUGGGUUUUUUGUCGGGCUUACCAGCUUGCGGACAUUGAGUUUGGCCGAUAACUCCGAUCUUCAGCCAUGGAGUAUUCCGUCGGAUCUUACUCAGUCUUCUAGCUUGGUUACUCUCGAUGCUGGGAAUGCCAGUGUCGUCGGGUCUUUGCCUAAUAUAUUUGUUUCUUUGUUGAAUUUGCAGAAUGUGAGGCUUUCUUACAAUAAUCUUACUGGGUCUUUGCCUUCUAGUUUCAACGGAUCUGUGAUUCAGAAUCUGUGGCUUAACAAUCAGUUAAUGGGUUUGUCUGGAACCAUUGAUGUGUUGUCCACGAUGACCCAGUUGUCCCAGGUUUGGCUCCAUAAGAAUCAAUUCACGGGUCCGAUCCCUGACCUUUCGAAAUGUAAGACCUUGUUUGAUCUUCAGCUCAGAGAUAAUCAAUUCACUGGGAUUGUGCCAAAUUCUUUGAUGUCCAUUUCUAGCUUGAGGAAUGUUAGUUUGGCCAACAAUUUGUUUCAGGGUCCAUUUCCAGCGUUUCCUUCGAAUGUUAAUGCCACCAUUUCGGGUACCAAUAGUUUCUGUUUGAGCACUCCGGGUCCUUGUGAUCCGCAGGUCACAACGUUGCUGGAGGUUGCUGGAGCUUUGGGGUAUCCAUCGUUGUUGGCUAAUAACUGGCAAGGAAAUGAUGCUUGCAAAAGUUGGAGUUUCAUUGUCUGUGAUUCGGAUGGAAACGUUGUCACGGUGACUCUAUCCAGACAGCACUUCACUGGGACGAUCUCGCCCGCUUUUGCCAAUCUCACAUCGUUGAAGACCUUGCUUUUGAAUAAUAAUAGCUUAACUGGGCCUAUACCUAAGAGCUUGGCAUCGUUGCCUCAGCUUCAAGUUCUUGAUGUUUCUAAUAACAAUCUUGAUGGGGAAAUUCCGACUUUUCCAACAAAGGUGAAGUUUACUUCUAGUGGUAAUCCCUUACUUGGGACAACUCCGAGUACCGGAGGUGGAGGAAGUGGAGGGACUCCUUCCACACCCGGUUCGAGUGGCACCACACCUAGUGGAAGUCCGGCGGCAGCGAAAGGUUCUUCGGUCUCGGCGGGUAUGAUUGCCGGUAUUGUUAUUGCUGUUAUUGUUUUUGUUCUGGUUGUGAUGUUUGUUUCCUUCAAAUGCUAUGUUAAAAAUAGACAUAGGAAAUUUGGAAAGGUGGAUUAUCCUGAAAAUAGGAGGGAAGAUGUUAAGAGUGAUGUAAUGGUUGGUUCAAACGGAUAUAAUGGAGUUGCAAGUGAAUUACGAAGCGAGAGCAGUGGUGACCGCAGUGAUUUUCAUGUGUUUGACGGCGGAAAUGUUACAAUAUCGAUACAAGUUCUCAGACAAGUCACUAACAAUUUCAGUGAAGAUAAUAUUUUGGGAAGAGGAGGAUUUGGAGUUGUUUACAAAGGAGAAUUGCAUGAUGGGACUAAAAUUGCUGUUAAAAGAAUGGAGGCCGGAGUAAUGGGUACCAAAGGAAUGAAUGAGUUUCAGGCAGAGAUUGCAGUGCUUACAAAGGUUAGGCAUAGACAUUUAGUUGCUCUGUUAGGAUACUGCAUCAAUGGCAAUGAAAGGCUUUUGGUCUAUGAGUAUAUGCCACAAGGGAAUUUAACACAGCAUUUGUUUGAUUGGCGCGAGAUGGGGCUCUCUCCUCUGACUUGGAAGCAGAGAGUGACAAUUGCGUUGGAUGUGGCACGAGGAGUGGAAUAUCUGCACAGCUUAGCUCAACAGAGUUUCAUUCAUAGAGAUUUAAAACCCUCAAACAUACUUCUUGGGGAUGACAUGAGGGCCAAGGUUGCUGAUUUUGGUUUGGUUAAAAAUGCGCCUGAUGGAAAGUAUUCUGUGGAGACCAGGUUGGCCGGGACAUUUGGUUACCUAGCACCUGAGUAUGCAGCUACCGGCAGAGUGACAACAAAAGUGGAUGUGUAUGCAUUUGGAGUGGUCUUGAUGGAAAUAAUAACUGGUAGAAAAGCUCUCGAUGAUACUAUGCCAGAUGAGAGGUCUCAUUUGGUCACAUGGUUCCGCAGGGUCCUUGUCAGCAAGGAGAACAUCCCAAAAGCUAUUGACCAAACUCUUGACCCUGAUGAGGAGACAAUGGAGAGCAUAUACAAAGUUGCUGAGCUGGCAGGACACUGCACUGCUCGUGAGCCAUACCAGAGGCCAGAGAUGGGCCACGCCGUAAACAUAUUGGGUCCCCUUGUAGAACAAUGGAAACCUGCCUGCCACGAUGAAGAAGAUAACUGUGGCAUUGACCUUCACAUGAGCCUUCCUCAAGCUUUGCAAAGAUGGCAAGCGAAUGAAGGAACUUCCACAAUGUUUAAUGACACCAUGUCCUUCUCUCAAACUCAAUCUAGCAUCCCAUCAAAACCUUCAGGAAUGGCGGACUCAUUCGGUUCAAUGGAUUGCCGAUGAUUAAAGAAAGGAAAUCAACACACACUCAAAACCGGGACAAGAUGCAAGAAUUGGGUAAGAGAAGAGUACGAGAAAAGAAAAACACAGAUUGCCCAGUUAAUCACACCAAUGAGUACUAUCACAGCAUUUUUUGUAUUUAUUGCUAUUGUUUGUGCUUCCAUGAUUUUUAGAGGCUUUCUUCAUCUUCAUCUUCUUCUGCUGCUGCUUUUGUUGUUCAUUCUUUUAAAUGCUAACAGAUUGAUUUUGUCAUCAGCAAGGGGGGUAAACUGGUAAACUGGAAAGAAAAACAGAGAAAGAGGGUACUUGGAAAAAGUUGUAUAAUAUUCAUUUAAUGUAUUUUACAAAUAUAAUUAUUCCUAUAUA